UCCCCCCCACCCGCGCGCGCCGCCUGCUUGUCAAACUGAACCUCCUCCUCCGCUCACUGCCCCCCUCCCUCUCAGCGGGUCUCGCUCCCUUCACCACUGCAGUGAAAGCCUCGGCAGCAGCGGAGAGACUCUGAAGCUCGUUUCAACGCCAGGAGCGGACCGCGAGGAGCCACGACAGACAUUUUUUUUUUCUUUUGCCCCUCGUCGUCCUCGACGCAGCUCGGGCGGCCUGCUGCUCCCCAACCACCUCCACUUCGUUUACACCGCCUGGAUUUCACCAUCCGACCUGCACCAUGGGAAAUGAAGCGAGUUACCCCCUGGAAAUGUGCUCACAUUUCGAUGCUGAUGAGAUUAAGAGGCUAGGGAAGCGGUUUAAGAAACUCGACCUAGAUAACUCGGGCUCGCUCAGCGUGGAGGAGUUCAUGUCCCUGCCGGAGCUGCAGCAGAACCCGCUGGUGCAGCGGGUCAUCGACAUCUUCGACACGGACGGAAACGGGGAGGUGGACUUCAAAGAGUUCAUCGAGGGGGUGUCACAGUUCAGCGUCAAAGGAGACAAAGAGCAGAAGCUGCGAUUCGCCUUCAGGAUCUACGACAUGGACAAGGACGGCUACAUCUCCAACGGUGAGCUCUUUCAGGUGCUGAAGAUGAUGGUGGGGAACAACCUGAAGGACACACAGCUGCAGCAGAUCGUGGACAAGACCAUCAUAAACGCAGACAAGGACGGAGACGGCAGGAUAUCCUUUGAAGAGUUCUGUGCGGUGGUUGGAGGUCUCGAUAUACACAAAAAGAUGGUGGUGGACGUGUGAGGCGCCGCCUGCUUGCCGCCCCCGCCGUCCCCCUUCGCCCUUGACACCACCUCUGAAGUUCUGCUGAAGACGAAAACGCUCUCCGUGUUAACUCCAUGGAAGUAUUCUCUCUCUGUGACGCCACCUUUUGUUUCCACCACGCCUCUCCAAGCCAACGCCGAAGUGUUAUCGGACCAGCAACCCUCCCUCCUCCCCCCCCCCCCGGUCACAGCGCUUUCAGAGACCGCAGGACACCCACCAGUCAUCUGCAGGAGCAUCUCCACUUUGGGAUGAGGGGGAGGAAAGGGGGGGCGCUGGGAAGAGGCUGCUUCAUUCUCCACUCUUUUCUUUUUCAGGGGGGGGUGACUUUUUGUUGUAUUUAUUUUCUUUUUGUUGGUCUUUUAUAAAGAAAACAUAAGUAUAUCCACGGUUGUCUUGUGAAGGGGGGGGGUGUAGUGUAGGGUAUGAAGUGCCAACCAGAACAUAUCCGGUCCUCGCCAUCCAACCUGACGACGAGUCCAAACCCAAAAUACUAAAAUCCUGGCGGUUUUCAUCAGAUCGCCCACAAAAGUAGAAAAACAGCAACCGAGGCGCCGCCGCCGUUUCCACAUCCGGCUUUUUUAUUGAUCAGCGCGAGCCCACAUCGUAAGAGGGGGAGGGGGGGCGCCUGUCUGCACACACCCCCUUCCUCCUUUGUCACUGUGGCUCCGCCUCCUUUCAGGAAAAACUCUAAAUACCACCGCCUCCUUCCCUCCCUCCCUCCCUCCUUCCUCCCAUCGGGUUUCGAACCGCCACAUCUGGAGUGCUCCGUCGUCGCCCCCCCCCUUCUUCCCCUGAUCCCAAAGCUCUGCACGGCUUGGGCCUCCCUGUGCUUGCAUGACAUGGAAUUAUAUAUUUUAUUUUUUGUUGUGCAUGUAGAUCAAUUUUUUUGAAAUAAUCCUCUUGUUUACACAUGGAUGGUGAUGUUAAUAUAUUUAAGAAUUUAACGGUAUACAAUAUGGAUGUUGCCAAACUUUGGUAAAUGUACACAUAUUAUUAUGGGAGGUGAUCCAAAUGAACUGAACUACAUGUAACUUUUGUAUUUACCCGGGUCAGCGACGUGCUUCGAUUCCAGUCGCAGUUGCAUAUCUGAUCCUGUCUCAAACUGCCACACUGUACUCAGCUUAAAGGGGAAAUCUGACUUUUCUUUUUGUUUGUUUGUUUGUUUUCUUUCUUUUGUAUAUAAGUAUUUGUUCAAUGCAGUUCUGGCUCUCUGUUAUCUGUAUAGUUCAGGCCGCGCUUUAGUUUGUAAGUGCUACUUUUUCUCUGAGGGACUUUAGGUUUGAGCGGGGAAAUGGGAAAAAGAUUUGAACCUUUUGUUUUCCUUUUUCUGCAUGCUGCAUCUUAUGCUGUGGGACUGUUGGAAACUUGAUACUGUAUGAAAAUGAAAUCAAAUUUAAAUAAACUUUGAAAUGUUGUAAGUACCAAGA